GUGUGAAGUGUUAACUGUGCUUUGUUGUGAUUUUGGUUUGAUGUGGUUUAGGACGCGGAGGAUCUGCAGGAAACAACUUCAGGCCAAAUUCAAGGGUAUAAGAACCUGUACAUCAUUCUGUCACCGGAAUCAGAGGGUGAUCUGAAUCGAUUGGCAUCUGCUAGUUUUGGUGACAUGGUCAGGGCCACUGUCAAGAAGGGUAAGACCGAAUAUUGAAUGAAUGAUUAUUGAUAAUGAGCAUUAGAAUUUCUUGUCUUUUCUACCUAAAAAUUGAAAUCCAGUUGUAAUGAAUGGUAUGACAGACUAUUGAUGAAACAAAAGAAUAACAUUGAUUGAGCAAGAACAAAAAAAGAAUGAAGACAUUUGCCAACCUGAUUAGCAUGUGAUUGUUAGAACAAAGGUGACAAACUUGUUCCAUAACCCCAUGUGACCUCACUUUCUUGGUUCAAUUUCCAUAUGCAAAGAGCUACAUAAGCCCAAUCAAUCUUCAUCUAUUUGUGUCUUUCGCCAUCAGUCCACUAUUAUUGCCAAAAUGGGCAGAAAUCUAUGCCUCUUCUUUUGUUUCUUGUGUUUCUAUGUGACUCUAACAGUAGCAGAGUCGGAGUGGAACAUUUUAAACCAGAGAACCAAGAAUGGGAUGAAGAUCAGCUUGAAGAAUUACUGUGAGAGCUGGAGGAUGAAUGUUGAGCUGCACAACAUUAGAGAGUUUCAGGUGGUGCCUGAAGAGUGCAUUGCAUAUGUUGGGAAAUAUGUUACUUCGAGUCAGUACAAGGUGGAUUCAGAAAGGGCUAUUGAGGAGUGCAUUGUGUAUCUAAGCACUAGCUGUAAUUUGAAGAAAGACGGCAGAGAUGCAUGGAUUUUUGACGUUGACGAUACACUGCUCUCUACUGUGCCUUACUACAAGGGACACCAUUUCGGGGGUGAGAAUAUGAACCUGACUGCUUUGGAGGAUUGGAUGAGCCAAGGGAAGGCACCUGCUUUGGAGCACUCGCUCAAACUCUUCAAUGAGAUCAAAGCCAGAGGGCUGCAUAUAAUUCUGGUUUCUUCAAGGAGGGAGCAUCUCAGAGAAGCUACAAUAACCAACCUUCUACAUGUUGGUUUUUCUGGGUGGAGAAGUCUCAUUUUAAGGUCAGUUCUUCUCCUAUUCAAUUGUAAAGGUGCAAUAUAUAGAGUAAAGUUGUGCUUGAUUGCUAUUGGGUACAGGGAUCCUCAUGAUGAACUGAAGGGAGUGCAAGAUUACAAGGCAGAUGUGAGGAAACAAUUGAUGGGCGACGGAUAUAGAAUUUGGGGAAUAUUGGGAGACCAAUAUAGCAGCAUUGAAGGACUUCCAAGAGCUAAGAGGACAUUCAAACUUCCUAACCCAUUAUACUAUGUCUCUUGAAGAAUCUUCC